AUGGCGUCGCACGGCGAAGGGGUCAACCCCCUGCGGCCCUACUAUAUCCCACCGUCCAUUGGCGACGACCUCUACGACCUAAGCACCAACGCGACUGCAAACGCUGCGUCUCCUCCAUCCUAUGGCCGCCAGCUGCCUCACGGCAACGGCACCUCGCCCUAUUCGCACAAGGCGCGCGAUAUUUUUGCCGAUCUUGACUACAAGGAUUACCUUUCUGAGCCGUCGCCGUCCGUCGUGCAGUCUGCCAGGGAUGUCGUUGACGAGCUGCUCUGGCGCUACACAUCCGUGCUGAUGGCACAGCCAUUCGAGGUUGCAAAGACCAUUCUGCAAGUCCGCAGCCAAGCACCGCUAGAUGUCUUGGCACCCGAAUCGGCCCUGCCGACGCCCGUGGUCAAUACCGAGCAAGAGGCCGGCCGCCGGCAGCGGUCAUUUGGCUAUGAUGGCAGCACAGCAGACGACCCGUUCAGCAACCACUUUGCCGACGACGACUCCGAUCCCGACGAGCCCAGCUACUUUACCUCCAACGCCCCCAACACGUCAUCUCCUCUCUACCCAUUGCCGGCUCAGAGGCGCCGUGCUGCAUCGCCAUAUGCGACCUCGCCCGGUGGUACGGCUAGGACACCUGGCGGGUCUGCUAUGAAUGGGGCAUCUGUGGUUCUCGCCGAGAACCACCUGGUCCUCACCAAGCCCGACUCCAUCCUCGAGGUCAUUUCGCAGCUGUGGCAAAAAGAAGGCGCGUGGGGCGUUUGGAAGGGCACCAAUGCCUCCUUUCUCUACACAGUGGUGCAGUCGCUUCUAGAGAACUGGUCGCGGAGUCUGCUCUGCGCCCUUUUCAACGUGCCGGACCUGGGUCUGAAGGACGACGUCGACCGUCUGAUCGACGUUGCCUCGCCCUACCCCUGGGCGUCUCUCUUUGUGGCUGCCGCCGCCGCCGUUGCCACCGGCCUCAUCCUGUCGCCGCUCGACCUCGUGCGCACGCGCCUCAUCAUCACACCCACCAGCCGCCAGCCGCGGCGCGCCUUGUCCCUCCUGCGCAGCCUGCCCUCCUACGUCUGCUCGCCCGUCCUCGUGCUGCCCACCAUCCUGCACUCUCUCAUCCACCCCGUCCUCACCCUGUCGACGCCGCUCGUGCUGCGCACCCGCUUCAUGAUCGACAAGGAUGCGAGCCCCAUGGCCUUUUCUAUUGCCAAGUUUUGCUCGUCGUCCUUUGCACUGUUUGUCAAGCUGCCCAUUGAGACGGUGCUGCGCCGCGGCCAGGCCGCUCUUGUGAGCUCGCCCGAGUACGUCCGCGCCCUGGGACCUGUGUUGAAGGCAAAGGCGCCUGGCGCGGCCCUCACCAUGACCCCCAUGGAGGCCAUCUUCCCGCUCGGCGUCUACAAGGGCGUCGUCGGCACCAUGACGCACAUUGUCUGGGAGGAGGGCACAUCCGCCGUGACCACGAGCGAGUCGCCAUACAAGACAAAGGCCAACUCCAAGAGAAAGGCCAGCGGCGCCAACACCAAGGUCGCCGAGACCGUGUUCCGCCAGGGCCAGGGCGUUGAGGGCCUGUGGCGUGGCUGGAAGGUCAGCUGGUGGGGCCUUGUCGGGUUGUGGACCGCUGCUGCCGUUGGCCGUGGCGGUGACGGCGAGUUUUAG